CGACUUGGAGGCGCACCGGCUCCACGGACGAGAAACACCGCACUAUGGCCUCGCUCUGAGCCUCCUCACACGACAGUGGUGUACGUACCGAACCGGCAAUCCGUCACCAUCGACGCCCUGAUCAUGGACCUACGGUCCAGAGGCUUUUUUCGGGGCCAUCGGAGUUGUCAGUAGUACUCCCAAAGUACUAUAUUAUUUGAUUUUGAGCACUGUCACUUUUGCACGUUCGGGGAUUUAAACCGAAGUGACAGCAGCAGCACUCACCCCGGCUGCCGGUUAGCUAACUAGCUCGCUAAGUCAUUAGCUAAGAAAAGGGCAACAUUUCUCUUUUGGAGUAAAGGACAAGGAAACUACAACACCACUACUUUCAGUAACAGAAGACUGAUCAGAGGCCGAUCCCCCGAGUUCACAUCUUACAACAUAUUCACUACUGAUUCCCGAAAGGCUGGCAACACAACGCCACCCUAAUGCAGAACCAUAAAAGAACGUGAAAUGAACAAACCACCACAGCCUAUAACGGGACCCAGUUCUGUCCCAAACCCUGCCCCUUCCCCUGGACUGACACAGGCCGCCUACGGCCCCGGGCAACCCCCUUCUCUUGUUUUUGCCACCCCUCCACCUCCACAAAUGAAUUCUGCACCACAGCCAAGACCGUUUGCUGCAGGGCCCCGUACUUUACACCAACAGGGUGGAUACAGAGCAUUACAGAAUUACUAUCAAAACCGACCAGCCAUGGCCACCAGUGCUCCAAGGGUACAGACAAGUAGUGGCCCUCGACCUGUUGGACCUACUCACGUCUACCCGCCCAGUUCCCAGAUGAUGAUGAUUUCCCAGCAGCAGUUGUCUUUUGCUGGCUCACCUCAGGGCUACUUCAUUCCCCCUCCUGGACAGUACCGGGCCCCAUACAUGCCUCCCACUCAGCAGUACCCUGUGACCAGUGGUGCACCAGGCUUCUAUGCAGGAACUAGCCCUGCUGAAUAUCCAACUUAUGAGCCCUCUCUUGCUGCGAGGGAGAGGCGGGGUGGUGGGGGGAGAGGAGGCGGGCGAGAGAACGGCCGUCUCUCUCUCCACGGUGCUCCUCUCACCUCCCAGCGCUACCCCGCAGGAGCAUACUACCCAGCUCAGGCGCAGUACUCUCCAUCUGUCCAGCCUGCACCGGUCAUGAUCAGCCCCGCCCAGCAGCAGCAACAAGCCCCGCCUCCUCAGCAGCCACCGGCACAGUCACAAGGCCCACCAAAGAGGGAACGCAAACCGAUAAGAAUACGAGACCCCAACCAGGGCGGGCGUGAUAUCACAGAAGAGAUAAUGUCAGGUGGAAGAUCCACCACCACACCGACUCCCCCACAGGCCUCCAUAGCAGAAGUAAGUCCUGCACAGACCAACGGUGAAGUUGUACAGUCUGCCACUACAGUGAUGAGAAAAGAUGAAAUCACGGAACCUCCCGCUAGCGCUGAGACCCCUCCACCUCCCGCCACAGUAAAUGCAGAGCCUGUGGUGGAGGCCAAACAGGAAACAGACAGCCAGGUGACACCGUCUGCUGAAUUAGCCACACAGUCUGUAGCUCCCACAGCUGCUACUGAGGUGCCAUCCCCAUCGAUAAAGGACCAGCAGACUCCCGCUUCCCUCCCUCCUGCAGUAGCAUCUACGGCUACUCCUGCUGAGGCGGUAACUAAAGACGAUACUAAAGUCGGUGACACGGUAGAUGCUCCCGUCGCCCCUUCAGCAUCAUUAGCAGCACAAGAGGCACCUGUCAAAAUGGAGGAACCACAGGCUGCCCCAGCUCCAGCUGAGAAGGCACCAGAAAAGGAGGAAAAGAAAACGGAGGAAGUGAAGAAAAUCGAAAAAGAGGAGCAGGUAGCCAGCUCCAAGUUAGAGCCUGCAGUUGAGGUUGCAGCAAUAGUUCCACCCGUUAAAGUGGCAAAAGAAGAAACGGCUACAAAGACAGAAACUGAAAUGUCUGAGCCUCCACCCUCUGCCCAGGAACCUGCUGCUCCACAGACCCAGACCGCUGCCCCGAGCUCUGCCCCCGAACCUGAACCCACACCGGCUGAAACAGCAGAGCCUCCUCUCCCCAAUGGCCUUCCUCAGCACAUUGAGGAACUGUCUGAGGACAUGGCAUUUCCAGACACUACACCCCUUGACAAGCCCGACGCUUCUCAAUCUCAGGAAUCCACACCUGUGGCUAAAACAGUAACACCAGCCCAGGAGGAGGAGAAGGAGGAGGAAGAGGAGGAGGAGGAGGUGGUGGUAGAGGAGAAAAAAGGGGAAGAGGUGAAAGAGAAAAGUGAGGAUGCCCCUCCCGCCUCUGUUAGCUCUAUAGAGGAAUCUACUAUGCAAGCUGCUACGUCUGUGCCAAAGAAGAGGAAGAACAUGAAGGAGCUCAACAAGAAGGAGGCCAUUGGAGACCUCCUGGAUGCCUUCACGGAGGAGCAGGAUGCCAAGCCCGCCUCUGAACCCUCGUCCACUCAGGCCGACCCUGUCCCUGCUGCUCCAGCUGAACCUCCCGCUGAGGCUGCAGAUGAGACCUGGGAAGAGAAAGAAGACAAGCAGAAUGCAGACCCAGACAGGGCCAAAGCCACACCUGAGCCAACUGAGCAGAAAUACCAGUACAAAGAAGAACAAUGGAAGCCGAUAGACCCAGAAGAGAAGAAGAGGUACGACAGGGAAUUCCUCCUGGGCUUCCAGUUCAUCAGCGCCAGUAUGAACAAACCUGAGGGCUUGCCCAUCAUCAGUGAUGUGGUCCUGGACAAGGUAAAUAAGACUCCGCUGCGGCCCGCUGACCCAGCUCGAAUGAUGAGCGUUGGCCCUGAUUUCACUCCCUCAUAUUUGGGGAAUCUUGGGAGCAGAUCAGUGGGAGGACCACGAGGCCCACCGCCCGGGCCACGUCGCUCUCAGCAGGGUCAGCGUAAAGAACCCAGGAAAAUCAUCAGCAGCAUGUCGCUCAACGAUGACGUGCAGCUCAACAAGGCCGAGAAGGCCUGGAAGCCCUCGGUGAAGAAAUCCACUCGUAGCCGUGGCGCUGAAGAAGAAGAAGAAGGAGAAGGAGGAGUAGGAGGAGGGGGAGGAGGAGACACUGAACAGGCCAAGACUCAGGAGCUGUUCAAGCGUCUGCGCAGUAUCCUCAACAAGCUGACUCCUCAGAAGUUUCAGGAGCUGAUGAAACAGGUGACGGAGCUGACCAUAGACACGGAGGAGCGGUUGAAGGGAGCCAUUGACCUCAUCUUUGAGAAGGCCAUCUCAGAGCCCAACUUCUCUGUGGCCUACGCCAACAUGUGCCGCUGCCUUAUGGGAUUGAAAGUCCCCACUUCAGACAAGCCAGGAGUUUUUGUCAACUUCCGUAAAUUGCUGCUCAACCGCUGCCAGAAAGAGUUUGAGAAGGACCAGGAUGAUGAUGAGAUCUUUGAGAAGAAGCAAAAAGAGAUGGAGGCCUCCAAAGACGAUGAAGAGCGUGAGCGCUUGAGGGUGGAGCUGGAAGAGUCCAGGGACACGGCCCGCCGCCGCUCACUGGGUAACAUAAAGUUCAUAGGCGAGCUCUUUAAGCUGAAGAUGCUGACAGAGGCCAUCAUGCACGACUGUGUGGUGAAACUACUUAAGAAUCAUGAUGAAGAGUCCCUGGAGUGUCUCUGCAGGCUGCUCUCCACUAUUGGCAAAGACCUGGACUUUGAAAAGGCCAAGCCUCGUAUGGAUCAGUAUUUCAACCAGAUGGACAAGAUCAUUAAAGAGAGAAAGACCUCCUCCAGAAUUCGCUUCAUGCUGCAAGACGUCUUGGACCUCAGGAGGAGUAACUGGGUGCCUCGUAGAGGAGACCAGGGUCCUAAAACAAUCGACCAAAUCCACAAGGAGGCUGAGAUGGAGGAGCACAGGGAACAGAUCAAAGUCCAGCAGCAGCUCAUGUCUAAGAAAGAGGGAGGAGGAGGAGGCGGAGGCGGAGGCAGGAUGGGAGGGAACAUGGGGGGCAGAGGCCCUCACACACCAGGAGGUGGCCGGGUCGCCCAGCCUCAGGAUGAGGGCUGGAACACUGUGCCCAUCUCCAAGAACAGACCUAUCGACACCACCCGCCUUAGCAAGAUCACUAAGCCUGGUGCUCUGGACUUCAACAAUCAACUGUUGGCGCCAGGAGGCAAAGGCAUGUGGGGUAGCUGGGGCAAAGGCAGCAGUGGAGGAACUGGAGCCAAACCAGCAAGUGGAGAGCAGGAUUCCGGUCGUCCAACUACCAGCACCCUCAACCGUUUCUCAGCCCUGCAGCAGUCUGGUUCAUUGUUGUCUUCAUCAGACUCUGAUCGCAGAGUUCCUCAGAGGUCGAGCUCCAGUCGUGAGCGUGGUGGCGACAGGGAAAGGGGCGACCGCGAGAGGGAUCGGUUUGACCGAUUGGAUCGCAAUGAGGGACGGGAAGGUCGCGACGACAGGAGCAACCGGAACCAAAUCACCAAGAGAAGCUUCAGCAGAGAGUCACAGGAGCGCGGCGGAAGGGGUGGCGACAGCCGGGCAUCGACUGAGCCUGUGCGUCGCGUCGCCAGCAUGACCGACGACAGGGAAAGAGGAAGCAGAGACCGAGGAAGCAGAGACAGAGGAAGCAGAGACCGAGGAAGCCGGGACAGGGGUCCAAGCAAAGACCUCACAGCUAAGCGUGAGAGCGCCCCCACUCCUCCUCCUUCUCUUCCUAAAGCUGGUCUGACUGAGGAGGAGGUGGAGAAGAAGACGAAUGCUAUCAUUGAAGAAUACCUCCACAUCAAUGACUUGAAGGAGGCGUUGCAGUGUGUGGCAGAGCUCAACAGUUCUGCGCUGCUCUAUGUGUUUGUGCGGAACGGCGUGGAGUCGACGCUUGAGCGCAGCACCAUUGCUAGAGAGCACAUGGGCCUGUUGCUGCAACAACUUGUAAAGGCAGGGACAUUGCCCACACAGCAGUACUACAAAGGGCUACAAGAGAUCCUGGAAGCAGCAGAAGACAUGGCCAUAGAUAUACCUCACAUCUGGCUCUACCUGGCUGAACUCAUUACCCCCAUGCUCCAUGAGGGAGGCAUCCCUAUGGGACAGCUCUUCAGGGAGAUCUCAAAGCCUCUCGUGCCUCUGGGGAAGGCCGCCGUGCUGCUGGUACAGAUCCUCAAGCUGCUCUGCAACGGAAUGACCCCGAAGAAGGUCGGAGCCAUGUGGACAGAGGCUGGGCUGAACUGGAGUGAUUUUCUGCCUAAGGACGAAGACGUCAACAAGUUUGUCACCGAGCAGAAAGUGGAUUUCACCACAGGAGAGGAGACGGAGUCAAAGGAAGUGGAUAAGAAGAAAGUCCUGAGUGGAGAAGAGCUCAGCAAACAGCUGGACAGACUCCUUCAGGACAAAGCCAACAACCAGCGUAUCCGAGACUGGGUUGAGGCUAACAUGGACGAGCAGCAGAUGGCUUCCAACCAGUUCGUACGAGCACUGAUGACAUCAGUGUGUCAGUCUGCCAUCAUAUGCGACAACCCGUACAGGGUGGACGCACGGCAGAUCAACCAGAGGGCCAGUCUGCUGCAGAAAUACCUGUGUGAUGAGCAAAAAGAGCUGCAGGCCCUUUACGCCCUCCAGGCUCUGAUGGUGCACAUGGAGCAGCCUGCAAACCUGCUGCGGAUGUUCUUCGAUGCCCUGUACGAUGAGGACGUAAUUAAAGAGGAGGCCUUCUACAAGUGGGAAUCCAGCAAAGACCCCGCAGAGCAAACAGGCAAAGGUGUGGCCUUGAAAUCCGUCACCGCCUUCUUCACCUGGCUCCGUGAGGCAGAGGAGGAGUCUGACAAGGAAUAAAAGACUGAACUGAAAGCUGCCCCCCCUCCCUAUGGCAAAGGCGGGGGCUCUGCAGGCGGCUGUCGAGAGUCAUGGACAAUAUUGCCAGAGAGGCAGACUCGAAAUCAAUCCUCAGUGAGGAUAAAUCUUUAUUAUUUUCUCUUUUCUUUGAGGGAUGGACUCAGAAAACAAUCAUUUCUCUCUCCCCUCCCUCUCUUGCUUCCUCAUUAUUUCCCCACCUGCUUGUCACAGCAAGUGUCCUAAUCAAAUAAACUUGAAAACUGAUUCAGCAGGAUUGCUUGUUAACAAGGUGUGAAGUAUCCCACAUCACUACGAAACUCUUUUUGUCACAAUAAUCCAAACCAACAGGCUGCUUUUCUAUGGUUAUAAUGCCUAACAACCUAUCUGGUCUGCAAGAAUAAACAGCAGGGCGUGUGGUGUAGUGGGUUCCCUGAUGCGUGGGUAUCAUCAUGCCAUAAUGUGUGUUCAAUCCAAACACAGCUCUUCUAUGUCUUUGUCCCUUACUGGAGUGUGCAGCAUGUCUGAAGUGUGUUUCUAUUAAUUAUACAGGGGGGCGAAACGUUGGUAGACAAAAUGUACAUGAACUAAUCUUAAUUUGAUGGAUGGAGUUUUUAAAGCAAAGGUUGUCUAUUUUCUCUUCCUGUUUCCUAUCAUGAACUUAAAGAGGACAGAAACACGGAGGACUGAUGUUGACCUUUGACCUUGACUACUAGGGGGUGGUCUUAAUGCUUCCUCUAAGCCAUCCUCACCCAUCCCCAGUAGUGAACCACACUGACUCUUCAUCUUUACCUCUUCUGUACUUAAACCCGAGCUGUCAUAAAGGACACUUAUUGACCCAAUCACCAUUAAAACUUGAAGUCUACAGAAAAUUGACUUGAUGAAAUAUAUAGAGUUGAAAAAAAAACAAAAAAAAAAAAAAAAAACAACAAAAAAACAAAAACAAACAAACACCACAGAAAUGAUCCGAAAGCCUUUUCUACUUUAAGUGGAAACUCAUUUCAGGAGCGUUCUGUAAAUAUAUAAUAUUAAUGAUAAUAAUUAAAAAAAACGAACUUUUUUUUUCCAGUUUUAUUUUUCAGAAACAAUAAAUUGCUGAUGUAAUUGCAGUGUAUCCUUUUCCAACAGCAGUUGUCCGGAUGCAGAGAGGUGCUUUAGAUAAUCCAUUGAUUAUUAGUUUUAUUGGAAUUUUGUAAAUAUUUUUUUGCUUUCUUUAUUUAAGAAAUUAUUGCUUCUUUUGCAUCGGAAACUGGAAACAUGAGGUAACGGAACAUUGCAAAUAAAGGACUUAUUAAGUUGCUGAGCAGAGUUUUGUUAUAAAUCUGUCAAACAUGUUGGAUGUUCCAGUCAUUUUAUAGUUGUGUAUGUUGUGGAUAUGGCUGGUUAUUGGGGACUCAUCAGUCUGAUACUGACCUUAUAAAGCAGAUCGGGUUUCAGCCAUGACUUCACCAAAUCACAUUAAAUACACUUUGUGUCAUAAACCUUCA